UCCAUCCCGCUCCCCUCCCGAUUCCGCCCCGGCCAUGGCCGCCGCGAAGGUGCAGGCAGCGGGGGGGUCCCUGGCCGCCGCCCGGGAGCAAGCCCUGGCCGUGAUUCGGGACUACAGCAGCAACCCCAGGCUGACCUACAGGACCGUGUGUGGUGUCAACGGACCCCUUGUGGUGCUGGACAACGUCAAGUUUGCCCAGUACGCUGAGAUCGUGAACUUCACGCUGCCCAACGGCAGCCGCCGCAGCGGGCAGGUCCUGGAGGUGAUGGGCUCCAAAGCCAUCGUUCAGGUGUUUGAAGGAACAUCUGGCAUCGAUGCCAAGAAGACCUCCUGCGAGUUCACUGGGGACAUCCUGCGCACCCCAGUGUCUGAGGACAUGCUGGGUCGAGUCUUCAACGGCUCCGCCAAACCCAUCGACGGUGGACCCCCGGUGAUGGCUGAGGACUUCCUGGACAUUAAUGGCCAGCCCAUCAACCCCCACAGCCGCAUCUACCCCGAGGAGAUGAUCCAGACGGGGAUCUCCCCCAUCGAUGUGAUGAACAGCAUUGCCCGGGGCCAGAAGAUCCCAAUCUUCUCUGCUGCCGGCCUGCCCCACAAUGAGAUUGCUGCACAGAUCUGCAGGCAGGCUGGGCUGGUCAGGAAGUCCAAGGAUGUGGUGGACUACCACGAGGACAACUUCGCCAUCGUCUUCGCCGCCAUGGGGGUGAACAUGGAGACAGCUCGCUUCUUCAAGGCCGACUUCGAGCAGAACGGCUCCAUGGAGAACGUCUGCCUCUUCCUCAACCUGGCCAACGACCCCACGAUCGAGAGGAUCAUAACCCCCCGCCUGGCCCUGACCACGGCUGAGUUCCUGGCCUACCAGUGCGAGAAGCACGUGCUGGUGAUCCUGACCGACAUGAGCUCCUACGCCGAGGCCCUGCGGGAGGUCUCGGCAGCCAGGGAGGAGGUGCCCGGCCGCCGCGGCUUCCCCGGCUACAUGUACACAGACCUGGCCACCAUCUACGAGCGAGCAGGGCGUGUGGAGGGCAGGAACGGCUCCAUCACCCAGAUCCCCAUCCUCACCAUGCCCAACGACGACAUCACCCACCCCAUCCCUGACCUGACUGGCUUCAUCACCGAGGGGCAGAUCUACGUCGACCGGCAGCUGCACAACAGGCAGAUCUAUCCCCCCAUCAACGUGCUGCCCUCCCUCUCCCGCCUGAUGAAGUCGGCCAUCGGGGAGGGCAUGACCAGGAAGGACCAUGGGGAUGUCUCCAACCAGCUGUACGCCUGCUAUGCCAUCGGGAAGGACGUGCAAGCCAUGAAGGCAGUGGUGGGGGAGGAGGCGCUCUCGGCGGAUGACCUGCUCUACCUGGAGUUCCUGCACAAGUUCGAGAAGCAGUUCAUCACCCAGGGCCCCUACGAGAACAGAACCAUCUUCGAGUCGCUGGACAUCGGCUGGCAGCUGCUGCGCAUCUUCCCCAAGCAGAUGCUGAAGCGCAUCCCCGAGGGCAUCCUGGCCGAGUUCUACCCGCGGGAGGCCAAGGGGCAGGGCCAGGAGCCAGCCAGCACAGCCCUCUGA